UCAGCAAUAUGAAGCUUAUAUUCAGGAAGAGUACCAUAGAAUAGCUUCACAAUACCCAAAUAUUUUCAUGACUCGGGAGGAUCUUAUGGAGAAAAUGAACAUUCCACAGAAUACUCCAGAACUUGUUAUAGUAAGAGCAAACAACAAGGGUACAGGGUUCAUGAGAAAUACCUAUGACGAGAGAUAUCUCCGCAAUCGUAUCACUCAGGAAGACUUCCUCAACAUUAUAGAUUAUGCUUCUGGAAUUAUGAAAUAGACUUUAUAGUGUCAAGAGAAACGCCGAUGCUAUGAAAACCAAUUGGAAGAAUAAAGUAUUUUAUGGCAGUGCAAUCAUUUUCUUAGUUAUAUACAUGAUGAUGGCCACUUACUCUCCUGAUGUAGGAGAGUCUGCAGUCUAUGAUGCUAUUCAAUUCACCGCUCUUGGUAUUUCUUUGAUCUGAAUAUUCUAUAUUUCCUUCUUUAACUUCAUCAAAAGUCAAUAUUCUUUCAGAUCUUACGAACAUAUGGUUAAAAAGCUAGAUCCCCUCUUUGAGACACUCAACAAAAAUGAUGUAGGAAUCGAAUGGUACGUUGUCCCAGGUCAUUAUUGGCUGGAAGUAAGAAUUUUACCUAUGAAGAAAAAGAAAUGCAAGCCUCUUUUUAACAAAGAAAAUGCCCCUAUAGCUCAAAAAUCUUUCCUGGACUCACGUAUGAUCCCAAGUAGGCUAAGCAAUGCUUCUAAGGUCAAGCAGGAAAAGCCAGGGGAGCCCAUGAUGAACAACAUUGUGAGUGAUGAAAGUGAGAAACCUUAUAUUUUCAGUAACCCACUUUCCUCAGUUCAUAAUGAUUUAUAA